GGGAUAAUUUUAACACAUCACUAGAUGGUUGUUAGAGUUGGAACAUCAAGUACAACUCAGUGAAAAUGGCCGAGAAGCGAAAAAGACAUAGCUUAACACCUGGUAAGGGUAAGCGACCAAGGCAAGGCGAAUGCAGUGGAACAGUGUUUGACCCAUUGCCACAGUCAGAUUGCUACAAGAAACCAUGGGAAGCCUUGGGUGCUUGGUUUCUUGGACCACGUGCAGAAAACAGAGAAGUAUUUAGCCGUCUUAUAUCGAAAGCCAUCGAGUGGUAUGCAGAUUGUCGUGAGGGAUACUUUCCCGGCGAUCCUUGCUAUAUUGAUAGCAAAGUAAAAGGCUCGAAAGCCUAUCAGAGCGAAAUUGCAGACACGGAAAAUCAACUAAAGAUUAUGCAUGAUGAGUUAAGCACAUCAACGCCAUUUUUUAGCACAAGAUAUCAGGGACAUAUGUUAUGGGAAAAUACAAUGCCAUCCAUGCUUGGUUACUUCUCUGGCAUGCUUUGGAAUCAGAAUAAUGUGGAUUCUACCAUAUCUCCAGUCACAACACAAUAUGAAAUUGAUGUUGGACAGCAUCUGUGUCAACUUAUGAACUUCGAAAACGAUGAAAAAGUUAGUCCAUGGGGUCAUAUUACAGGAUGCGGUUCCAUAGCAAACUUAGAGUCUUUAUGGGCAGCAAGAAAUUUGAAGUUUCAUCCAUUGGCCGUACAAGCUGUUGUCAUGUCGAAGAAUGCUGGCAAACUUGCUGUCGCUGCAGAUACUCCAGUAUACAUUCCACAAAUGGACUCGCACGUAGAACUAAGUAAAUGCACAAAGUGGCAACUGCUCAAUCUUGAUGUCGACACUGUUUGUAAUUUAUCAGGAGAAGUUUGUGAUAGGGCAGGAGUGGAUAAAAAAGUGCUAGAGGAGAAGUUAAAAAGCGAAUCAGUUAUUAAUAUUGGAAUGACAGAUUUUAUGCAGAAGCAUAAAAUAUUAAAAACACCAGUGGUGUGUUCUCCAGGAACUUUUCAUUACUCGUGGCCAAAGUCUGCGACUGUUCUUGGAAUUGGCGAUCAAUACGUUUUGCCUGUCCAUGUCGACGGAAAUGCAAGACAAGACAUGAAGGAAUUGGACCUAAAACUGGCUGAAUGUUUGAAAAGGAAACAGGCUGUCUUUAUGGUGGUUGCUGUCAUUGGAACUACAGAAGAGGGGGCAGUUGAUCCGCUCGACGAGAUUGUUGCUAUGAGAGAUAAGUAUCGAGCACAGGGACUUAAUUAUGCCAUUCACGCUGAUGCUGCGUGGGGUGGAUAUAUGUUAACUAUGAUUCAACCUCCUUCAGAAGAAAGAAGAGCUACUUGCGAAGAACGCGGAGAGGAUUUCGUUCCAGCAAUACCUCUUUCUGAUUAUGCAAAGAAGCAGUAUCAAACCAUCAAACAUGCAGACACAGUAACCAUUGAUCCGCAUAAAGCUGGUCUCUGUUUAUACCCAGCUGGAGCACUUUGCUAUAGAAAUGGAACAAUGAAAGAUCUCAUCACUUUGGCUGCUACUGAAGUGUUUCAUGGUGACAACGAUAUUUCAGUUGGUGUGUAUGGGUUGGAAGGAUCAAAACCUGGAGCAGCUGCAGCAGGAGUUUUGUUGUCUCAUAGGGUUAUUGGACUCGACCAAAUGGGGUAUGGCAGAAUUUUGGGACAAUGUCAACUUUUAAGCAAAUUAUUUUACUGCAUGUGGAUGACAGUUGCUCAGGAUUAUGAUGAUUGGGUGUGUGUCAAUUUCAUCGAUCUUCCAGAACUACCACCAGAGUUCCCACAAACAGAGGAAGAGCAGAAGGACUAUAUUCGAACAAGGAUAUUGGGACGAGAUAACGAAGAAUUAGCACAAGACGAAGAAGCUAUGAGGUUUUUGCGAAUCGUCGGUCCAGACGCCUUGAUCAAUACAUGUGCAGUUAACUUGAUUGGUAAUUCUGAUAAUUUGGAAGCAAUGAAUCAACUUCAGAAUGACAUUUUCGACGAAACAAACGCGGGUGUUGGUAAGAAUCCCAAAAGAGUACCAAUCUUUUUAACAACAUCUACUUAUGAAAGGGAAAAAUAUGGAGAAUCUUUAGACCAGUUCAAACAUCGAUUGGGCAUCUCAGCUGAUGGUAACCUGGAUUUCCUAAGAAACACUUGCAUGAGUCCAUUUGAAGCCAAUGAUCUUAACGUAGUGGUGUAUGGAAAACUAUUCAGAAAUGUUGUACUGAAUUGCAUCGGCGGACUUGAGGUUGGCGGUCUGGGGGAUCCCAAAGUUCAUCAUACUUUUGUGGUUGCUGGUAAAGCGGAUGACGAACACGGCCGUGUAUUCUUGGAUUAUAUUCCAUCCUUUUCUACUGCUGGUAAACAAUAUCACGUAGUUCUUUCCAUGCUUCCCGCCACAGAUACAGACCGUGAUCGACUAAGAAAUGCUCAACGAAACCAACUUUCUACUUUCUAUCUGAAAACAAAAGGAGCUACAACGAUGAAAAACUUUUUGCGAAGUGAUAAUACUUUCAUGAUGGAAGUUUACAAAGGUACUAACGCAAACAAGAUAUGUGAUGUGACCAUGAAAGUGGAUGAAGUGUUCAGAUACUUUCAUUUGGAGAGUUUGCAAGCCAGUGAACACAUUGAGUAUCCCGAGCACCAAAAAUAUUUCUUGUAUGGUGAUACUAAGCGAGCAUUCAUUUCACAUGUGCCAACUAAAUCACCCGACUUUCAUCAGGUUAUCGAACUUGAUGAACUCCCACACAGCGUCACACCAGAAAUGUUAGAUCUUGGCGUGAUUAUCACCAUUCCUGAAAUACCUGGGAGACCAUUGGAAAUUCGAGGAUCCAUUGCAGAUCCAUUGCAACGUGAUACUUACACUGUUUCAUUCAAGGGCGUGCAAUACGCUGAUUGCGAAACAACCAUUACAUUUGCGAAUCAAAACGCAAAGAAAUAUUUUAAUGGCAACAUCUAGCUUUUUUUAAUGAAAUGCGAACAAAACACAACGAACUGUGUAAUUGGAAGAUUUAUUGAAAUCAUAAAAAUAUUUUCUCAUAAUUGAUUGAUUUUUAAUAAACAAUUUUCUAGUUAUAUAAUAGAGGGUCGAAAUCUUAUGUGUGUGAAACUGUUGAAAGAUAUUUCUGUCUGUUUCAUAUUCAUUAGCCUGUUGCAUUACACUAAAAUAAAUGUUGAAAUUCAUUUCAUUAAUUUACAAUUGCCCGACUUUAUAUUUACGUAUUAGUAUAACCAUAAUUUUUUGUAAUUUCUCGUAUUUAAAUGAAUCUUGGAACUGAGAUUAUGCUGUAGAGAAAGAAAAUAGUAUAUAUUUUCAAAAAAGUUAUAAAAACAAACAUUU